GACUAAACUGAGCAAAUACAACCAUUUGUAAAGCACGAGAGUUGGCUAGAUUAAUAUUCUUCUCAUGACUGGAGUAAUAUCCUUGUGCUUUUAUAUAUUUACCACAGCCAGACUGCCAUUAUGAAGAUGAAGAUGAAGAUUAAGACAGACAGACAGAUAGAUAGAUAGAUAGAUAGAUAGAUAGAUAGAUAGAUAGAUAGAUAGAUAGAUAGAUAGAUAGAUAGAUAGAUAGAUAGAUAGAUAGAUAGAUAGAUAGAUAGAUAUUCAGGACAUUAUAUUGAACUGAGCAUUAACCUCUGUUGGGGGAGGAUUCAUCACCAGAUCAUCAUCAGGUUGAGUGUUUUCAGCAGACAGCAGCGGACAUUAGAUCAGACUUUACACUGAACAAUUAAACAACAUGCUUCACACGUUUCUUUUGUUCUGCUUGUUCUGUUUGUGCUGGAUGAGUCUGAUGGGUGUGUUUGGGGCUGAAACAAAUGGAAUACAAUCAGUGUCAUUGACUGAGGGAGAUUGUGUCACUCUAAACACUGAUGUUACUGAAAUACAUGAAGACAAUGACGUACUGUGGAAUUUUGAAGCCAACAACUCUAUGAUAGCUCAAAUAAAAAAGAAAAAGCAAAUCUUCUCCACAUAUGAUGAUGGUCCUAAUGAGACAUUCAAAGACAGACUGAAACUGGACAAACAGACUGCAUCUCUGACCAUCACAAACAUCACAACUGAACAUGCUGGACUUUAUAAACUACAGAUUAGUGGAGCAAAACUGCUAUCGAAAACAUUCAGUGUUUCGAUCUAUGCUCGUCUGCCUGCUCCUGUCAUAAGCAGUAACUCUUCACAAUGUUCAUCAUCACAGCAGAAUUGUUCAUUGUUGUGUUCAGUGGUGAAUGUGAGUCAUGUGAAUCUCUCCUGGUACAAAGGAAACAGUUUAUUGUCCAGCAUCAGUGUGUCUGAUCUCAGCAUCAGUCUCUCUCUACCUCUGGAGGUGGAAUAUCAGGAGAAAAACAGCUACAGCUGUGUGAUCAACAAUCCCAUCACAAACCAGACCACACAUCUGGACAUCAGCAAACUCUGUCAACCAUGUUCAGUACUGGACCCACACUUUCUUUCACAAGACUCACUUCUAAAAAUGCUGAUCUCUGUUGCUGCUGGAUCUCUGUUGAUUGUUGCCGCAGUCUGGAUUUUCUGGAUCUACAGGAAAUGUAGAAAAACUGAACAAGAAGUUUUUGAUGAUGUAACGGUUCAAAAUCAUGACGAAGAAUUAAUUUACGCCGAUCCAACAUUCUACAAAAGAAAACACAUGAACUGAUAGCUAAAGAGGAGAAUAAUGUGGAGUAUGCACCUGACGGCAUCAGAUGGUGGAACUUUCCCGAGGAUCCAUCGGUGAGCAACUCAGACUCCUUCAGUUUGUGAUUCCUCAGUUGUGGAUAUGUUUUGGGAUUGAGAAUCCACACAGACAUUUAUCAGUAUUUGAAUGUAGUAGGCUUUUAUUGCAUGAUGUUUUUACUCUAAGAAUAAUCAGGACAUCUCAGUGAGAUACGGCAGAGUCACUGAGGGGUUUGACGUGUGAUAUUCAGAGACAAACUAAUGAAAUACUCUGAACGACUUAAAAGCUUUUGUUUUCUAAUGCAAAGACUUUAAAUGUUCCCUAAUACAGCCACUGGAGCAUUGUCUUGUUUUACUUUUGAAAUCUCAAAACUAGUUAUGACUCUCCGUGCAAUAAUCAAAAGUUGGAUUUUCAGAUUAAUAUUACAUGCCCUUUUAAAACUUAACCGUCAAGUACUGAUAUAAUUCACUGAUUUUGCCACACGUUAUCAGUUAUUUACAAAUAAUUUUGUAAGAUUGCACUGACCUAUAUAAAAUCUCACCCAUCUAAUGCAUGCACUAGUUUUCCUACAAGCACAGUUUUUGAGACUCUUUAAGUGAAACCUGCUGUGGUCUGAUUCCCUUACGCAGACAUGUGGUGUGUUUUUUUUGGGUAAGCAAACUUGCUUGUGCAGGUGUGUCUGAACAUUUGUGGUUGUAGUGCAUUUGUGAAGUUCGUUAGAGGUGUGAAUAGUGUGCUUGUGGGACUACAAAGGCAAAAGUCCCUAACUCGCUUGAGUGUGUAACUGAGAAAGACUUUAAAGGUUUUUAUUUGUCCAGGCAAAUUAAUUAUAGGUAUGACACUGGAAAUUUGGCAAUUAUGUUUUAGUAAUAAAAAUGGUUAAUGGUCUGCGUUAAAAAAACUGUGAGCUAAAACUUGUUUGUACAGCUUGUACUGUAGGCCUACUCUGCCUUUGCAUUGUCUGCAAAAUGUAAGAAUUCACACACGGCAGAAGGUGAUUUUCACAUGAAGUGUACGUGUGACGCAGUAUUCAGUUAUGUGAAAAAACGGCAUUAGUCAUCUACUAUGAAUGUACGCAAGCCUUAAGAUUCACCCUUAGCUUUUUUAUAUGGAGCUGUUUGGUAAAUCACGACAUAUUUGAUAUAUUUGUCUUAUUUAGUGUUUCAGUGACAGGUCCAAUGUAUAAAAAUAUAAAAGUUACGCCAUAAUUAUAAUGCAGCAGAGUUUAAAACCCCUUAUCUGUCACUCAAAUUUUUGAACAUAGACUUUAUAGUGCACGUUUCAAACUCGCUUCAUUGAAUGAAAACAUUUUGUAACAUGAUAUUGACGUACCAUUUACAUGGUAAUGCAAUGUCUGAUUUUAAAAUGGGUUUUAAAGGAUGAAUUUUGAGAUUUUAAGUUUUCAGUCGAUAUAUAUUUUCUGAUGAUUUCUAAAAAAUGAUAGAGAAAAUGGCAACGAAGAAGUAUUUUUUUUUUUUUUAAACUAAGGUCAAAACUCCUGUUAUAAUGUAAAUUUUUGAUGGUGCACUCUUGUCAUAAAUUAAUCUAUUACUUUUCCUACAUAAUUUUUAACAAAAACAUUGGUAAAAUAUAUAUUUGGGAGUCUUAGACCUUUCCAACGAUAUAUAGUUUGUCAAUAUUAGAUUAGAUUGUAAUAUAGUGAAGUAAAUGUAGGUGUCCCGUAUUCAGGACAGGGUGACAGUUGAAAGGUUAAUGGACAGUAAAAAAAGACAGAACACAGUAUAGCUCCAAGCCAGUGUAAUGAUUCAACUGGGGAUCGUGUUAAUUGGGGAUGUGUGCGUUUAUUUGAGCUAUUUAUGUCCCAUUCCAGCAGUUUCGUCAAAAGCGACAGCAAAUCUGUAAUGAAAAGACGCUGGUACAUUCUUUAUUCUCUUAAUAAAUGUUGAUGCAUAGUGUUUCCUCAGUACCUGUUUUAAUACAUGCGACACAGUUUAAGUGUCAUUUUAACAUGAUUUCACAUGGUAGUUCACCAGUGGUGUAUGUAAUGAAGUAAAAAUACUUAGUUACUGUACUUAAGUAUUUUUUUGGGAGUAUCUGUGAUGUUACCUUCUUUGAGUUUUCAGCCAACUUUUACUUUUACUCAACUCCAUUUUCUAAUUAAAAUGCAUAGUUUUGCUCCAAUACAUUUCCCCUAAGGAUAUCAGUUACUUACUACAAAAUAGUCAGAAGAACACAGACUGCAGGAAAAGCAGGUUUGACGAAUCAGUGGUCUGGCGUUAGCAAGUUAGACUCAUAAUCACCUUUGCUCACUUGCAAACAAGUGCGCGCUGCACACAACCGCUGAUGAUUUCAUUUCCCACUCAAGUUGAGACUGGUGUGAUCUAUGUACAGCGCUGUCUGCCAUAAUAUGGUAAGUGUUGUUGUUAUGUGCAGUCUGACAUCAUCAAGUAAGAGUGCAUGCACAUUGAUUUAUUAUUCUUUUAAAACUCAAUAUUCCAAGCAUUUUAAAUUGUAGAUGGCAAAAAUGCUUCUGCAUGAUUUUUUAUUUUAUAUAAUUUAUUGUAGGCCUAGUUAACAAUCUAUAUAACACAAAGAGUCCGUUGAAUCUCAAUAAAUCACUUAUUAGCAUUCUUGCUGUCACUGGCGGUUUUAAUUUCACAUUUCGACCCCCCCCCCCAUGUUUUAAAUUAUUACAAAUGUCAGGCCUUUUUA